AUAUUCUUUUGAUAGUCAUAACUGGUAGAGUGAAAUCGUUAAGCCGCCGCUUUCUAUUACAGAAUUAAAACCUUAAAUAUUUGCUAUAUUCGUUAUGGCUUCUCACACUGCCCUUAGAGAUCGCGAAAUGACUUACAGACUGAUUAUUAGCCAACUUUUUUACGAUGGAUAUUCAAAUUUAGCUGUUCAGUUAUCAAAUGUUAUAAAAGCUCAGCCAGCUUGUCCACCAUCGGAUAGACUUAUAGGCAUUGUUAAGCUAGGGUUAGAAGCCGAAGGUAACAAGAGAGAGGAUACAACUAUAAGUUGUGUUGCACCUGGAACUGGUUUAGAUCUGGAGUUUGAAACAGAGGUGCAAAGAAUUUCAUCUGAAGUGGCAACCUAUGAAACUUGCUAUGUUACAUCUCAUAAAGGACCUUGUCGUUCGGCAACUUAUCAUCCUUCAGGCCAAGUUGUUGCAACAGGAUCUGAAGAUUCAUCUAUCAAAGUCCUGGACGUUGAAAGAAUGUUAGCUAAAAGUUUGGACAAUAUAGAUCCAAAUGAACGAGAAGCUCAUCCAGUCAUCAGAACUUUAUAUGAUCAUUCAGAAGAGGUCUCAACUUUACAAUUCCAUCCUACCUCUCCUCUUCUCUUCUCUGGAAGUUUUGACUGUACGAUUAAAGUUUUCGAGUAUACUAAACCGUCUGUUAAGAGAUCUUCAAAAUGCAUACAAGAGGCUUUUGCUGUUAAAUCAAUAUCUCUUCAUCCUUCAGGAGAUUAUAUGUUAGCAGGAACAGAACAUCCAACAAUUCGACUAUAUGAUGCCACAACCUUUCAAUGUUAUUCAACCAGUAGCGCUUUAGAUCAACAUCGUGGUCCAAUAACGGAAGUUAAAUUUAGUCCAAAAGGUAAUCUAUUUGCAACGGCAUCCAUGGAUGGUGAUAUCAAAGUUUGGGAUGGAGUUAGCGGAAGAUGUGUAAGCACGUUCAAGAGUGCACACGAUAGCGUUCCGGUUUCGUCUGUGCAAUUCAGUCGCAACUCCAAAUACAUAUUAUCAAGUGGGCUAGAUUCUGUUGUUAGACUUUGGGAACUUUCAACUUCUCGGUUGCUGAUAGCCUACACUGGAGCAGGUACUACCGGUCGUCAAGAGUGUCAUACAAAUGCAACCUUCAAUCAUACCGAAGAUUUUGCUCUUUUUCCUGAUGAACAAUCAAGAAGUUUAUGUUCGUGGGACGCGCGAAAUGCUGAUAGACAACGACUCUUGGCGACCGGUCAUGCUCAGCCAGUACGAGUAGUAUGUCACUCACCAACAGGACCUGCUCUGAUGACUUGCAGCGAUGACCAUAGAGCUAGGUUUUGGUACCGGAAUGCUGAUAUUUAA